AUGCUGCGACUGACAAGACCGUUGAGCCUGGUCGCUCGGCGGCAGCUCGUCGCUAGGCCGUUAGCGACACAGAUUCGUGGAUAUGCUGAGCGUGCGGACUCGAUGCUCAGCUCAGAUCCGAAAUUUAAGCCAGAAACUCCACUGCAAGGUGUGGUCAAGCCUACUGGACCAGCUACUACCAUAAUACCACCAGUGCCAGCACCAACGCCCGCUACCCCUUCUUCGACGACUUCCAUUCCUCCUACCGUGGUGCCAAAGGAACCUCCUCCACCUCCACCUUCUGGGCCUACCACAGCAACAACACCUCCUUCGUCAGCGGCUCCUCCUCCACCACCACCUCCACCACCUUCUCCUCCGCCUGCUAAGCCAAGACGAUUCCGAAGAUUGCGAUUUUUGCUCUGGACGACUGUUCUCCUUGCGCUUGGCUAUUCUGGUAUGGUAGUAUAUGCCUUAAGGAGUGACAAUUUCCACGACUUCUUCACAGAAUAUGUACCCUUUGGUGAAGAUGUGGUGGCAUACUUCGAAGAACGCGCUUUUCAACGUCGAUUUCCAAACGCCAAAGCCAAUUUACACAGGUCUCCGAGCGCUCCUGCCCCUGUUGAGGACAAGAAGGUCACUAUUCCUUUACAUUCGGGACUUUCAUGGAAGGCUGUUGAUGAGGGCAAAGCUUCUACGACUUCUUCGCGAGGUGCUCAUAUGAGCGCUGUUGAGCCAAAAUCUGGCGCAAAGGAAGAAGCCAAGACAAAUCAAGGAGAUACAACUACCAAGGAAAAAUCAGCCGCUGUCGAGUCUGUGAAGAAGGGCCCAACUGUGCCUAAGCAAGAGGAGCCCAAGUCACAGCCUAAACCUCAACCUAGACCCGAGCCAAAAUCUGAACCAAAGCCAGAGUCGAAAGCUGUUCCCGUACCUGCAACGUCUGCACCACCUGCACCUGCCACUCCAAGUCCUAAAGCAGACCCACGACCACCGGCCCUGUCUCCAGUAGCUGCCAUUUCGCCAGUAACUGUUCCUAACGGCGACGAGCCUGUCGUGCAAGAGAUGGUCAAGGUUAUCAAUGACCUUAUUACAGUAGUGAACGCAGACGGUCCAGAGACUGCCAAUCGAUACCAUGCGCCUAUGGAGAAAGCAAGGCAAGCUAUUAUUGAAGCCGCCAGCCACGUAUCCUCGUUAAGAGAUGCUGAACGUGCCGCGGCCGAAGAGAGAAUAAAAGAAGCACAUAGGGAAUUCGACGAGGGCGCCAAGCGCCUUCUUGAGAGAAUAGAAACCGCACAAAAGGAAGAUGAUGCUCGGUAUCGAGAAGAGUUUGAGGCUGAAAGGGCGAAAAUUGCUCAACAGUAUGAGAACAGAUUGAAGUCGGAGAUUGAGCGAACACAACAAGUGCUCGAACAACGUCGUAAGAACGAACUGUCCGAGCAGGCCAUCAAGAUGAAAGAACAGUUUAUAGAAGACGUGAAAACCCUAGUCGAAUCUGAAAGAGAAGGAAGGCUAUCAAAGCUGACCGACCUGACCACUAAUGUCGACAAGCUCCAACAACUGACCUCGAAUUGGAACGGUGUCAUAGACGCAAACCUUUCUACUCAAAAGUUACAGGUUGCCGUUGACGCCGUGCGGUCCGCAAUUGAGAACGCGAACCACACGCACAGACCAACCCCAUUCGUCCGCGAGAUGGCCGCCCUAAAACUCGUCGCAAACAACGAUCCCAUCGUCGACGCAGCCGUCGCAUCCAUCAACCCAUCAGCAUACCAAAAAGGCAUCCCCAGCUCCGCACAACUCAUCGACCGCUUCAGGCGCGUCUCAAGCGAAGUCCGCAAAGCCUCACUCCUCCCCGAAAACGCCGGCGUCGCCUCCCACGCAGCUUCCGUCCUCCUCUCCAAAGUAAUGUUCAAAAAGCAAGGUAUCCCAGAAGGCAACGACGUAGAAAGUAUCUUGACUCGAACCGAGACACUUUUAGAAGAAGGCGACCUCGACAAUGCGGCAAGAGAAAUGAAUGAACUCAAGGGAUGGGCUGGUGUUCUCAGCAGGGAUUGGCUGAAUGAUGUAAGAAAAGUUUUGGAGGUUCAACAGGCGUUGGAUGUUAUUGAAACUGAGGCAAGGCUUCAGUGUUUGCGGGUGGAGUAA